GCCUAUAGGUGCAGCCAUGCAGGAAAGCAUCCGUUUUGCUUCAUCAGGAGAUGAUAUUAAAAUUUGGGAUUCCUCAUCUAUAACAGUGGUGGAGCAGUUCAACCCACAUACUUCGCAUUCAGUCAACUCACUAUGUUGGGGCAAUAAUAAUAAUUUUCUGGUCACUGCAUCUACCAUUGGUGAUAAAAUAGUUGUUUCAAGCUGUAAGGGUAAACCUGUUCCACUUUUUGAACUAGCUGAAGGGGCAAAACAGACAUGUGUGAGCUUAAAUUCCAGUUCUAUGCAUAUUGUCAGUGGAGGCCUUGAUAACACUGUUAAUAUCUGGGAUUUAAAGUCUAGAAGACUACAUCGAUGCCUUAAGGAUCAUAAAGAUGAAGUAACUUGUGUAACGUUUAAUUGGAAUGAUUGCUACAUUGCUUCUGGAUCUAUGAGUGGUGAAAUUAUUCUGCAUAAUGUUACUACCAAUUUAUCCAGCACUCCCUUUGGUCAUGGUAGCAGUCAGCCUAUUCGACACUUGAAAUAUUCUUCCUUUAAGAAGUCUUUAUUGGGCAGUGUGUCUGACAGUGGAACUGUAACAUUGUGGGAUGUAAAUAGUCAAAAUCCAUACCAUAAUUUUGAAAAUGCUCACAAAGCUCCAGCCUCAGAAAUCUGCUUUUCUCCUGUCAAUGAGUUGCUAUUUGUAACCAUAGGUUUGGAUAAAAGGAUCAUUCUCUAUGACACUUCAAGUAAAAAACUAUUGAGAACUCUGGUAGCUGAAGCUCCUCUGACAGCAGUGGAUUUUAUGCCUGAUGGCACUACCCUGGCUAUUGGCUCUUCCCGUGGAAAAAUUUACCAUUAUGAUCUAAGAAAGCUGACAUCACCGGUAAAAACCGUCAGUGCUCACAAAACCGCUGUGAAGUGUAUACGCCUUCAGUACAGUAGCACUUGUUCAAAGUCCAGCUUUAAUAAAUGUUCUUCAAAUAAACCAGCAUCCAAAAGAACAGAUGUUAAAGCGAAUAGCAAUGUUGGAGGAAUUCAGAAUACUGGCAUCAUCAAAAGUCUUACCUCUAACCCACCAAUUACAGUGUCACCCCAGCCCAUGUCAACAAUUGAGAGUAAAGGAGCAGAUGUUGUUCAGGACAAAACAGGUUUUCCUCGCAGUGGCAGCAUGGAUGUAAGUAUAUCUAAAGGAACGGAUCAUGGGAAGAGUGCCGAUAUGACUAACUUCGAUGAUCUGGGACGAGAUAGUUUGGGUGACAUGUUCUCUCCAGUCAGAGAUGAUGUUGCCAUUUACAAAACAAAUGAAGAUCUUACAGGAAAAGGAGAUGGUUUGGCUUUGCAGCCCUACUUUCCUGGUUUGGAUUUCCUCCCCCAAUUAAACGCUGUGUUUCCCAUAAAAAGAAACACAGUAGGUGCUUGCAUGCAAGGGACACGUUCUAGCCCAUUACAUGCAUUUGUGGGCUCCCCUAUUAAAGAAGAAGAUGAGCAUCCAAAUCAAGAUGCUGAAGCUACAAAAAUAAAUAUUGGAAAACAAGAAUCUAGAGAACCCUUGAAACAGCUUUCAAAAUUGAGCUCAUCAAAUGUUGAGUCUGGAAAUUCAAAUACUCCACUUUUGCCCACUGUAAUCAAGACUCCAGAAGCAAAUGAGAGACUAGGGAAGAAUAUUCAGGCACUCUUGAUGUCCGAUUCACCAGUAAAUGGUACUACCUCUGCAAGUCCAAAGAUAACUUCCUCUGUCACUGUGGGAGUUGCCAGUUCAUUAUCUGAAAAAAUAGUAGACACCAUUGGAAUUAAUAGACCAAAUGCACCUUUGACAUCAGUUCAAAUUCAUUUCAUUCAAAAUAUGAUACAGGAAACACUGGAUGAUUUCAGUGUUGCUCCCCUGCAUUGUUUGUGUCCGAAGAGUCGGUCUUCUAUUGGGAAACUGAGGAACAUUUUUCUGGUGUGACAUUCAACCACACCUUUACUCUUUCUUGCUUUUGGCUUUAACUCAACCAGUUUAGCCCAUGUUAAAGGCAGUGUGCCUUGUGAUUACUAGGUUUAAAACCAGUUAGUUAGAAUUUGUUAACUAACGACGCACCUUCAAGUCCUAGCCUAGACAAGACCAAAAUGUGUCUAGCCUAGACAAGUCUAGUUCUAGCCUAGACAAGGCCGACUAUGACUAAGGAAGCAAUGUUUGCAAAGAGCCUGAUACAGCUCUGAGGUGUAAACUGCCCCAUUCAUUGUAGUGGUUGGUAAUCCAGAUAACAAUUGUGAUACUUCAAAUGUGAGCAUUGUUAGGUAUUUCACUGCUCAUCAAAGCAUGUAAGAAAGGAGAGGACAUGCUAGUCUAUGCUACAAAGGUUUUGCUGGUACAGCUGUGCCAAUGCAACUAUACCAGCAAGGCCUUGUAAUGUAGACUCAACAUAUUCCAGCAAAAGGAGUUCUUUUGUCAAUAUAUUGAAACCACCUCCUCGAAUGACAGAAGCUGUAUUGGGUGCCAAAGAACUCUUGGCAGUAUAAGCUGCGUAGGGACAGGGGUUUUUUGCCAUCAUAGCUAUGUCAGGAAGGGGUGUGGUUUUUCACACCCCUAACGCACAUACCUAUGCUGGCAAAACUUUGUAGUGUAGACUUGCCCCAGUAACUUUAUGAAGUUCUACAGUUGUGUAGGGUUUUAACAACACCUGGUUCGGUUGAAAUGGAGAGGAGGUGGUUUUAGAUUCCUAGAGGGGCUCAAGCUAGCCGUGACAGAUAGUUUAACUAAGGAUUUAUCCACCCCUAGAAAUAUCCCAAAAUAUCUAUUCCUGAAUAAUUAUUAUAGAUUGGUCCCUCAAUAGUCCAUCUUUGCACAGAUUUGGUUCAACUGUACCUGAAGUGUUUGAUCACUCAUUGCCGGGAGUUCUCAGAACAACAAAAAACCCAUCAGGGUUCUGGAGGGAUUAAUUUAGAGCUUGUCUAGACCUCAGAAUUUACCAAAAUAGCUAUUUUGGAAUAAUUAUUCAGGGAUAGUUAUUUUGGUAUAAACUCCCAUGGGACCACUUACUCUAGACUGAAAGUGCCUUUGUAAAUUGGAAGAAGGCACUCUUAUUCCAGAAUAAGAGUAUCCACAUGGGGACUUAUCCCAAAAUAACUCUUCAAUAAUUAUUCUGAAAUAGCUAUUGUUCAUAAAUUCUCAGGUGUAGACAAGACCUAAUUUAAUCCCUCCAAAACCCCAAUGGGUUUUUUGUUCUUCUGAGAACUCUCAGCAAUGAUUGAUCAAUGGUACAAUCGAACCAGAUAUGUGCAAAGGAGGACUAUUGAGGGACUGAACUAGGAUGUGAUGGUUUUGGGUUUUUUUUUUCCCUCUUUGCAUUCCAAAAUUUUUGGAGUGUUAUGGGGAGUGUCUGUAUCCCCCACUUUUACUCCGAUUUUCUUUUACAAACUUGGGUCUAACUUGUUGUGCAGUAUCACCUCAUGUCUUCCUUAUUCUUUUCAGCCUGCACCAGCGCUCUUAUGUUUGUGUUGGCUUUGGUUCUCUCUCCUCCAUGGUCCCCCUCCUUGGACUGAAAAUGUCACUUGGGAUUCUUUCCAGCCACACAUCUCCGAACAUGAGCCCGGGCUUGUGUUGAUUUUUAUUUUUUUUUAAACAGAUCCUUUGUGUUUUUUUUACAUAGCACUCCCUAAGGUCUUAGGUUAUUUUGUGUCUCUUUCAAAAGUCAUUUUAUAUUAUUUCUAUAGGCUGUUUAUACAAACAGAGAUGUGGCACUGAUUUCUACAUGGAUUUUCUGUUGAAAAAAUUGCAGGCCAGUUAUAUAGACAGAAAUUAAUAAUUUUCACACAAUUUUACUCUAACUAGAAAUGUUCUAAAUUGUUCUGGUUCUUGUAAUGGUCUUUUUGUCUUUCUCAUACGUAUACAACAUUGUAUAAUCUUCUUUUUUUUUUUUUUUUAUUCAAAACAUUUUCUGGUGUCUCACAGUAGUUUUGCUGUGAUAUGAUAAAAGUAUUGCUAUGCUAUUAGCAAAAACUACUUAUACUAUGACACUGAUUAGUGUCAUUCCACCUACUCUAGAAGUGCCUCUCUCUCUCUCCUUUUUACAUAUAUUUCAAGAGAAAAUACCAUAGCUGCUUAUGUUUAUAACCUCCAGGAUUUAAUCAAGAAAUACAAUAAAAAUGUAUAUAUUUUCCCCCUGUUCACAGUCUUCUUGUCUUUCCCCUUUCUUUCCCCACCCCCAAUUCUUAAGAAAAAGGUUCAGCUUCCUCUUCUGUGACACUAGGGAUGUCAUCCCUAGAAUGAAGAAAACCAAAGCAAAACCUUCAGUUCCUUAUCAAAUAAACCAGGGAGCAUAGAAGGAAAUUGAAGCAAGGUGGCUAAUGGUGGAAGCUCAUUGUGUGACAGGAGGAAUAUGUUUGAGUGAGGAGAGAGAGGGUGGGGAGUACCUGCCACUCUUGUUUCAGUCACUACAUUUUAGCAACCGCACAACGUAAUGGUAUAUAUAACAUCUUGUGUCUGAUAAAUUUUUAUUCUGCAUCUUUUAAAAGGUUCUGAAAGUAGGAAUCUGUGGGGGGCACUUAGUUUGUGGAAGCCAAGGGCUUGACUCUCCUACAGCUAGCUUUUAAUACAAUUUGGUUUGAACAUUUCAGUGCCAAAGGAAAAAAAUUGGAAAAAAUGGGGAAAUCAAAGAGAAAUGGAGUAUCUAUAAUUGUCUUUGAUGCAAGUCUAAUAUAUUUGCAUGUAUAUCAACCCAGUUCCCACUAAGUUUAGUUUUAGAUCAUUGAUAUUUGUAGUGGGAGAAAAGUAGUCUUGGGCUAUGACCCAGAAGUUUUGACCCUUUCAUUGUACAUGUAUUGAUUGGCCUCUUAGAGAGGGUACAGAACCCUUUGGUCAGUUCCUGAGAUUGGCAUGUGUUCACUUGUGAUCCAAAUCUUUGGAUCAUUAGAAGAGUCUCUGCCUCGAGAGCACUAAUUAAAACAAAUUUCUCUUAUCAUUCUUCCAGCCUACAGCACUGUAUCCUCCUAAUGUAUUUAUAAUUGUAGUUUCAUAGAAUAUAAGGGCCAUCUUUUUUUGCACUUUCAGACUUUGAAAUGAAAUGUAAUUAGUUUUUUGUGUAAAAAAAAAAAAAAAACCCCACAUAAAACCCACAAUAGCAUCAGUUAGAAUAGCAGAAGCACGUUGUGAUGUUACUUUCCAGGCUUAGGUUUGGAAAUGAUUUUAGGGAUACCACUUCUCAAACAGGUAGAGAUUAGUCAGAAUCCCUAUGUACCUUCCUUGAUGAUGCUCAACUCUUGUUGAGUUUACACAGCUUUUUUUGUGUGGAAAAACUUGUUGCAUACUUAAGACUGUAGAAUUUUUGCACGUAAUGUCUUUGUUGUUUAUAAAAAAUACAUAAUAUCCUCUCCAAAAUUACAGCACUUACUGGGUACACAUUUUCUGAGAAUAUAUAGAUAAAUCUAUUAGUUUGAGUUAAUUUUAACUUAAAUGGAUCUUUUAAGAAAUUUAGCAUUUGAUGUCACUCUCAUUUGUCUUUAAUGAUUUUAAUAACUAAUGCAGAAUCAAGCUUCCUAUAUAGUUGAAACUCCUUAAAAUCACGUGAAUAUGCAGCAUUAGACUACUUUUUAAUAGGAUCAGUGGCCAUUUUUGCUGGGUUUGGUUUUGUUUAUUUGACUGAAGGUUUCUUUCAGCAAAGGUUGAGAAUUACUUUACUACAGAGAAUCUCACAAAUAACUGCUCUCUUUGGAAAUAGCUGCCAUCUCCAACUGUUUUCAAUUGAACCAAGGGCACAGCUUGCCAUAAAUAAUGAUGACCAUUGCCUCCAUUUACUUGCUUCACACAGUGCAAAUCUUUGCUUUCUGACAGCGUAGAGGGCUCUGUGCUUCCAGAGAGCAGCUUGGCAUCACUUCUAUUGUGAACAAGAGGAGGUGGCCAUUUUGAAAGAGGGCAUUUUAACGGAAGGCAUUCUGUCUCCUUGAGAAUAGGAGGUGGCAUCCAUUUUGAAAGAGGGCAGUUCUUUGAUUCUCCGAACAAGAGGAUCAUUCUUCCUCUGCUCUUGUAAUGUGCAUUUAUGAAAAUAGUGUCAAAAAUUACAAUAAUCCUAACUACCUUUCAGAAAGCUACCUAUUGAUACGUGUCCCUUCAACAGGGGGAAUACUUGUGUGCAUGCCGGGGAAUUUUGGGGUAUCAGAAGGUGAAAUUGAAGGGUGGUGGCAUGUGUGCAGGGGACUAUGGAGGAUGAGGGUUUGGGGAAACAGGGAUGUACAUGCUGGCUGUUUGUGCUGCUCUGGCAAUACAAAGCAUCUGCAAAGUAUGUUUAAUUUGCCGGGUGUGUUCUCGCUGUUUUGAAUCUGGCUCUAAAAGAUACUGCAUAUUUUCAAAUCAUUAGCAAUAUUACAUGUAAAUCCUCUGAGUUGCUUUUUUUGUGUUUUUAUCUAUGAAUUUUUUAAUUAAAGAACAGAGUUUCUCUGGAAAUUUGUUAAGAUGAAGCUCAUCAGUUCAUUAUAGAUGGCAGAUCCCUUUAAAGAGCCUAGGUUUAAGGAGUGCCCAUUUUUGUAAAGUACAUUUUCUAGCGUCAAACCUACAGUUAAUCAACUGGGGCCUUGAUUGGGAGACUCUGCUCUGAUCCAUACUUUAUGGAGUUGGCUAAGAGUUUUUAGGAGAAAUUCUAAGUCAGAAUAAGUUGUGAGCCCUUACUCAAAAUCUCAGACUCUGGAUGUCUCGAAGUUUGGUGCCAAGAGAUCCUGACUGUUGAGGUGGGUUGGAUGGUGUGAAAGGCCUCUGACUCUCUUCUGAGUAUUCUUCAAGGACUAGAAAUUCAGAGAAGAAAGAUGGAAUUACACCACUGCUCCCCAGAAUCCAUUUUAUCUCCAAGUAAACUAAGAAUAGUGGAUUCAUUAAAGUCCCAAUACUGAGAUUCUCAGAUUGCUAAGUGCAAAAUUCUUAUUUGAGGGACUUCUCUGUGCUGGGAGAUGGAACCCAAUGCCAAAGAUUAAGAACCCUUCCAGUUAAAGAUCUGUACUGACACUACUCAGAAGGGUUAGGGGAAGGUUACUUGCCAGUAAAAGGAGGUCUUCAAAUAGAUCAUCAGUAUAGUUUCAUAUUCUCCACUCUCUUGGAGUUUACUGUAGAGUCUUAGGAAAUGAGGCCAAGGAGGUCAUGCCUUCGUACAUCAUUUGACCUAGAAUGUGCUGUGGUCUUGGAAAAGUCUGCAUGGCCCAUUGUAAUCACUAUUCCAGUCUGUAGGUACCUUCCACAAGUGUGGACCUGUAUUCAUAAUCUUUAAUUCCAGUUAGAGGUGAAUGACUUUCAUUUAUUGAGCAUCAUCAUUGUGCAUCGUACUCUGUGACUGAAGGAGGCUUUUCUCCUCCAACAGUGUUAACAUUCAAGUUGAACACUAAAAAUACAGUCCAAAUCUAAGAUAAACCUAUGAUGCAUCAGAUGAAACGCCAAUCUUGGGUUCACUGAUUAAAAAUAAAAAUGUAUUUCUAUUGUCAUUCCUGGUCCUGUUAGCAAACAGGACAAGCUCUCAAAUGUUCUGUAUUGCUGUGCUCUUAAAAUCCUUUUUCAAGGACUAUGAGCAAGGAUUCAUAUAAUCACUGGAUGAACUGUUCUUGCAGAAACUUGGGAGUAGCAAGAGACAUGGGCCAUCCUGAAUGACUUAUUACAAUUCUACUUGUCUUUCUGCACCAGGUAGUAGUAGGGAUAGUCAUUGUCUUUAUUCCUGUGUCCAGGAUAUCCUAUAGUGUUAUAAAACAAUUGCUUUUUGGUUUUGUGUGUUUAUUUGGGGACUAGAGGAGAACUACUGUCUUUGUGGUAUUGAUGAGAAAAGUGUCAUUUGGAACUUUUUAUACUUUGUUCCCCCAGAGAAGCAUGCCAUCGAGACAUUGUGAAUUUGCAAGUGGAGAUGAUUAAACAAUUCCAUAUGCAGUUG